AUGUAUGUUGGUGUUGAUCUGAAUCAUAUAGUAUCUGGUCCAAAGAAAUAUUCGACUGUAGCUGUUGUAGCACCAACCGAUGAUAUACCGAAUCGUUAUUUUAAAGAAAUUUACGUACAGGAACGAUUACCCGAAGAACGAAGUCAAAGUAGAAAAUAUGUUGAUCAACAUCACGGUUAUUCACCAAAAGGGAUUGUUAUCUAUCGUGAUGGAGUCUCAGAUAGUGAAUUUGAUACUGUAUUCUACAACGAACUCAAGGGAAUACGAGAGGCUUGUGUUGAGUUAUCACGCGUCUACCGACCUUAUCUUACUUAUAUUGUGGUAAAUAAAAGACAUCAUACAAGAAUAUUUCCGGAUGAUUUAAAUAGCAACGUUCCAGCUGGUACUGUUGUUGAUUCACAUGUUAUUACUAAUCCUACAACUUAUGACUUCUUUUUAAAUAGUCAUCAUGAAAAUAAAGUAAAUAAAAUCAUUUAA